AUGGAUGAAGAUUAUAUCGAGGUGCAUUCGUACUCGGAGGUCUCAACGUCGCAUUGCGCAGCAAAACCCGUUGCCGUUGUGACGCCGAAGAAUACAGAGGAGGUUUCCACCAUUGCUCGAAUAUGUUCCGAGUAUAAAAUCCCGAUGAUCCCCUUCGCCGGCGGAUCCAGCGUCGAAGGACAUUUUGCAGCGCCGUACUCUGGGCUGAGUGUAGAUUUCUCGGAGAUGAAUCAGGUUGUUGCGUUUCACGAGGAGGAUAUGGAUGUUGUCGUUCAACCAGGCGUCAACUGGGUCGACUUGAACAACAGCAUCAAGGACAGCGGGCUUUGGCUUCCAAUGGAUCCUAGUCCAACGGCACUCAUUGGCGGAAUGGUUGCGACAAACUGCAGUGGAACAAACGCAGUCAGAUACGGCACAAUGAAAGAUUGGGUGAUCAACCUCACCGUCGUCUUAGCAGAUGGGUCCAUCAUCCAGACGCGCCACCGACCGAGGAAAACAUCCGCCGGCUACAAUCUCACUGGCCUCUUCACGGGCUCUGAGGGCACCCUAGGCAUGAUCACGGAAAUCACCCUCAAGCUCGCACCGAUACCAGAGAAACAAAGUGUAGCCGUGGUUACCUUCCCAUCCGUCCGGGACGCCGUAGCGUGUGCAUCGAAGAUAAUGCGCCAGGGCGUUCCCAUCGCAGCGGUCGAGCUCAUGGAUGAGGUGCAAAUGGGUGUCAUCAAUAAGAAUGGCGGGUCGGGGGGUCGCAUGUGGGAGGAGAAACCUACCCUCUUAUUCAAAUUCUCCGGAACCACACAGUCCAUAGCAGCAGACAUAGCCAAGGUCGAGAAGAUCUCCUCACAAGGAAGCGGCAGCGCAUUUGAAUUCGCAAAAACGGAACAAGACAUGCACAAUCUAUGGUCCGCACGUAAGGAGGCAGUAUGGGCAAUGUGCGCCCAGAGACCAGAGGGGACGCAAAUCUGGUCGACGGACGUCGCUGUCCCGCUAUCGCGGAUGCCAGAGAUUAUAGAUCUAUCCAAGAAAGAAUCAUCAGCAUUGGGCCUAUUCUCCAGCGUCCUAGGCCACGUUGGCGACGGGAACUUCCACCAAGCAGUCAUGUAUGAUCCGAGCAAUCCGGCUCAAACGCAAGCUGUUCAGGAUUGUGUUAAGAAGAUGGUGCGUCGUGCGAUUGAGAUGGAGGGGACGGUGUCGGGCGAACACGGCAUUGGAUUAGGCAAGAAGGAAUGCCUCGUCGAGGAACUGGGCCCCGAGACUAUAGCCGUCAUGAGAACGUUGAAGCGGAGUUUGGAUCCUCACUGCCUCAUGAACCCGGGUAAGAUUUUCGAGCCGUGA